AUGUCAGAAACCCAAUUUCCUCGGUCUCUUUUUCCUCAAUUUACGGAAGCACAACUAGAAGAAAUAAGCAAAAGAUUCAAGUCUUCUGUGAAUUGGACCAAAUACAAUAAGUGGGUUGAGGACGGAGAACCAUUUGUAGAACACGACGAAAUAAUUGAUCAAAAUGGAUCUUCUCCAAGAAGUCCAGAUGGUAAAUCUAUUGAUUUUUAUCCAUUCUGUUAUUUCAUUUUCAUGUACAUAUUUGAUAAUGGUCAAACUUAUAAAUUUUUUUUAAAGGAACCAAACAAUGUAAUGUUGACAGAAAUAGAGGACUUCGAAAUGGAAGCAGCUCUCUCAAUAGUGCCAGGAAGACGAAUCAAAAGACCAGGGAAAGAAGCAAUGGAACACCUUCCCCUGCAAGAACCCAGACCACCGCUUGUGACGAGCGUGAAUAUUGUGGUAAAAAUUCUGGACCCAGUAAACUUUCCGACUCUUUCAAAUUACGCACGUCAAAUGAUUCAAGACCUACAAAGAGAUAAUAUUCUUAACGAAGUAAUUGGUCGUAAUAUCAAGGGGGAAGUUAGAGAAUAUAAAUUUGAUAAAGCAAGUAGUCGGAUGAAAAUUAUUGGAUCAAAAAUCAACUCUUAUAACAUUGUACCAAAAGAAUCUUAUAUUUACGCAAUGACUCUACCAAAUAAUCAUUAUUUGAUGUUACGGCAUUUAAGGGUGGAAGAACUGUUGAAUCGUGAAGUAACAACAAAGAAAAAAGAUCAUCAACGAUUGAAAACAGCAACCUCGGGCGGGACUAAUAUUCUUAACAGGUUAGUUUUAUUCGAACAAACCCUAGCCAAACGAGAAAAAAAGUUAGCUGACCGUGAAAGUCUAUUGCAUCAAUAUGAAAAAGAAUAUACAGUACGAAGAAAUUGGAGCAAGCGAAAUUAG